CACAAGCGAUCUUAAACCUAAGAUUUCACUUUCUUCUUCUUCUGCCCAGGUUUCAUCUCCAAUGGGAGCUGCUUGCCCUGCAGGCCAGUACUGGGAUAGCUUGGUUAAAACAUGUCUUCCCUGCAACAUAAUGUGUCAGCAACCACUGGUCGUUACCAGAUGCACCGACUACUGUGCGUUAGCAGAUUGUACGACUUUGCCUGGACAUUACUAUGAUGCACUUCUGAAGAAAUGUGUGACGUGUUCUGAUGUUUGUGGCAGACAUCCAACACAAUGCUCCCAACACUGCGAAGCUUCAUCUGUUCCAGUUACCUCAAAAAAUGUCCUGGUUAGAGUCCCUUCACGCCUCCCAAAUCCCAGUGGGCUCUCGGUGGAAGACUCCAGCGUCCUGGUCUACUCCCUCAUGGCCCUCUGCAUGGGGCUGCUGCUAGCCAGCCUGUCUGUUGCCUUGGCCAUUUUCCUGAGUAGAAGCAAAGCCAGAAGGAGCAGCGACCAGGAGCGUGUCAACAAGGCGGGCCAGGGCGUCGCUGAGCGAGGACCUAAAGAUUGUGUCGCACGCCUUAGUGGAGCUGCAGAUGGGACCAGUCCUACUGAGACGUCUGUUUGUGUCCACUGCUUCCCCGAUUUCACAGCAGUCGACGACGAGAGGCCUCACAGAGCACCUCUGACGCACGACGUCCUGAACCACACCCGAAUUCAACACCAACGUCCUCUGUGGUCUGCAGACAGGUCUCAUACACCCACACUGGAGGAGCAGGGGGCGCCAAUUAUGGGGUGAAGCGUGUUGAGUAUAUUUGCAUGAUGACAAAUACUGGAGUAGAAAAACUGAUCCACACUUAAUUUGGGCUAUUUAAGAACGAGUAUGGACAACGCUUCAUUGCAGUGAAACUUGCCAAGGGACAUGUAAUCAAAUAUUAACAUUGCUGUAUGUAUACUUUUGACCCAGCAGAUUUGGUCACAUUUUCAGUAGACCCAUAAUAAAUUCAUAAA